AUGAGACCAGUUGCGUUUUUCGUGCUGUGCGCCGCCUUUACGCAGGGUACUGUUGGUGUUAGUAUAGGCUGGCCUUGGAGAAAUAGUGAUACCCAGCAGCGACUUGGCAACGAUCCGCCAUCUGGUUGGCACGACCCUGCAGACGGUGGUGGACGAAUGCUUGACUACUCCACUAUCUAUUACGGCGAACCAUUGAAUGUUAUUAUCAGCGGCAAUUCACACCCUGACGUUCUUACGCACCAAGGACUGCAUAAAUAUGCAAAAUCUAUAGGUUUUUCAGAGGAAUGUCUAGGUCUUCACUUGGGAGACUUGCAUUCCGCCGACCUGGGCGACGGAGAAGGUCGCAAAUACGAGCAAUUCCUAGCUCGCCAGCACUACUUUCCGAUAUGGGGCACGUGUUGGGAAUCACUGGCGGGCGGAAACCAUUUCCGUGCGUGGCAGCAAAAAGAUACCAAGGCGUGGUUCCUGGCUGUCUCAAAGGAAAAGUAUGUAGGAGAACAUCACCAAAUUAUCGAUGAUGGAUAUAAUAUUGGAAGAGACUACCUCGUUUCGCGCGCACUUCGCAAAGGGGCGCGCGUCGAAUGGAGGGAAGACUUGUUGAAAGAAGGUAACGAGGAAAUCAAUCAUGGGAUCGCCCAAGACGGACGGGUGGCAGUUUUGACCGUUGACUACGCCCUUUGA